GAUAAUUUUUCCUUCAGUGCUUGACGGUGUUCACAGGUGUAUACUACCGUACUACUGAGCUCUUGCGGUACACUAAACGAUCUAUCUUAAGAUUUUAGUCGUUCAGUGUUCAUAUAUGUUCACUAGACCAGUUAAAUAUAUGGUGUAAAGUGUUCAUAUUUAUCCAGUAGAACCAUUGAAUAAUAUAUCUGUAUAAAUUAAUAUAUUCUAGAUUAAUUUAUAAAGUGCUGUUUGUUACGUCAUUGUUCAGUGUUCAAAGCUACUGUGAACAAUGUUGAAUUUCUUGCUAGGACUCAGGGGUUCAGAUAGCCACGAGGGGACUAAACAGGGCACUAAAGGGGACGAUAGGCACUUGAAGCCCCCAAGACGCUGUUGUUGUAAGGGCGGACAUAGCCCUAGCAGGUACCACAAGCCCCAUAAAAGCCCCAAUAGACCCUCGGGGCUGAGUGGACGCCGUAGCCCCUGUUGUCAUCGUAGUCUGAGUCGCAAUCAUAGCCCCGUUGAUGAUUUGGACGCCGGUGGACACAGCAGUAGUGUUGAUCGCGUUUCAAUGGGACGUCAAAGUCGUUCUGGUAGCCCCUGUGGACAUCCUGGAGUAAGUGGACAUCAGGGGAGAAGUAGACGUCGUAGUUUAAGUGGACAUCGCGAGACAAGUGGACAACUGGAGAGAAGUAGACGCCGUAGUUCAAGUGGACACCAUGAACCAAGUCGACAUCCUGACCCAAGUCGACACGAAGAACCAAGAAGACGUCAUAGUUCAAGUGGACACCAUGAACCAAGUGGACAUCCUGACCCAAGUGGACAUGAGGAACCAAGAAGACGUCACAGUUCAAGUGGACACCAUGAACCAAGUGGACAUCCUGACCCAAGUGGACAUCCUGACCCAAGUGGACAUCCUGACCCAAGUCGACAUGAGGAACCAAGAAGACGUCACAGUUCAAGUGGACAUGAGGAACCAAGAAGACGUCACAGUUCAAGUGGACACCAUGAACCAAGUGGACACCAAGAGAGUAGACGUCAUAGUUCAUGUGUUAUUCCUAUCCUAAAUAUCCUUCUGGCGCCCACUGGACACCAUGACCUCAUCAGACGACACAGUUCAGUUGAAUCACUCGCCCCAAGUGGACACCUCACGCCCACUGGACAUCAAGAACUGAGUAGACGUCACAGCUCAGUUGAAUCACCCGCCUCUAGUGGACACCUCACGCCCACUGGACAUCAAGAACUGAGUAGACGUCACAGCUCAGUUGAAUCACCCGCCUCUAGUGGACACCUCACCCCAAAUGGACACCCAGAACUCACUAGACGUCACAGCUCAGUUGGAAAAAACGGACGUCACUGCCAUCACGGACAUCGUUGCCUACGCCGCGGAUUACACGGACACCACGCAAAAUAAGGACACCCUCUGGACACCUUCCUGACCUCCUAUUUCUCAAUCAAUAGACGGAACUGAAGCAGAAAUAAUAACAAGAAUAAUAAUAGCAAUAAUAAUUAAAAUAGCAAUAAUAACGUUGUAAUAGCAAUAGUUGUGUUUGGGUUUAAUUAAUAUUUUGUGUAGUUACGAAUAUCUGAAGAGAUUUAGGUUAUGUAAGUAUAGAUGCUUAUGUGUACCAGUGUCUGUAUGUGUGUACUGAAUAUGUAUGUGUAUAUAUAUGUAUGUAUGUCUGAAUUAAAAUAUGUAUAUUUAGUUUAGAUUUUGCUGUCAUAUUUUUUAGUUACGUUUUCAAAGCAUUUAUAAAAGGAUAGAUUAUUGCCUUGUAUACAAAUUAAUUAACUAAUGUAUUAUUGUAUUAUAUAAAUCGUUCUUUAGGCAUUAAUUCUGUAGCGUGUAGUUUGUGUUCUGUAGUUUUAUCAGGUUGUUAGAGUUCUGUAAUAGUUAUUUGGUUGAUUACAGUAAUUACAUAAGUCCCCUUGAUAUGGUUUUCUAUAUUGAGUUAAUUACAGAAAAUGGGGAAGUUAGGUGUUUCUUUACCUGUCUUCAUUCUGUUACCUCAUCCAAUUACGGUCAAUAUCAAUAACUACCCUUAAUUACUCAUAAACAACUGACAGACAGGUGUUUACCCCCAAUUAACAGGCUUCACCUAUUGUCCUGAGGUGGAACUAUAGGAAGGGGGGUUAAUCUUCAGGUGAUUUGUAUGAUAAACUAAACUAUGUAUGUAUGGUUUAGCUUCAAUAAAUUAUAUCUAUUCAGUAAAA